GGAAGUGCAGGUAUUCCGAAGUCUUCAAAAACCGGUGCCAAUGAAUUCACAACAUUGGACGACUCUCCUGAUUCAACCGUUGACAACAACACUCAUUACAGUUCUCUAUGUAGGUUGAUUAAUAAAGUGCAUAUAAGUUUAUCGGUGCAACUGGCACGAAUAAAGGGGGAUCUGAUUGAGAUGAAAAAUUUCUGUAUUAACAUACAAAGAAGGAAUGGCACUGCAAAUGAAGAUGUGGAAUCAGAGGCUGAAGAGGAUAAACUUGCACUGCCAUGUCAAUCAAUGUUCGAGUUCAAGGCUUUCAAUGCAAAGCUAAACGUUGAUAAAAUCUACAGGACGAAAAUUAAGCUGCGCGUGAAAAGUCAAAUCACUAAGAAAGAUCGUGCAACUAAAAAUGUCACCGAUAUUCUGAAACUCUUCAUGAACCGCCAAGUGGGCAUGAGAUUCACAGCAGUCAAAAAGACCAAUGGUAAAGAACUGUUUAAUGAAACGUCUCUCUACAAAUUACUAGAAGGAAUUCUCGUGGGGAGUCGCGAGGAUAUUACUACCUCAAAGGAGUUCAGUCAAGUCGUAGGACGAGUUUUUAACAACGUCAAGGACUGGGAGGGCCAUCGUUUUCUUCGUCAACAAAAUUCAGUUAAAAAACAGAAAACUACGCCUUCUGAAGCUGGAUCAUACCAGGAACCACUGUUAGCCGUUGGCCCAACACGUAAGAAUGAUGACGUCGACCGAGAGAGUGAUCGAGAGAUAGACAGUUGAGUGGAGAUGAAUAACUAGUGGGAACAGUAAGAAAAAACCAAAGAUUAUUCAAUAACUCUUUAAAAGAAAACUAAAAAUGAAAAAUCACAAUUUACUUCAGUCUUAAUCGAGUAGAAUUCGAGAUUUUGUUUGUGUUAUAUUUAGAGUAUUUUUAGUUUGAGAGAAGAAUGUCUUGUCUGAAAUAGGUAUUUCGUACUUGUUUCGCUAUCGU